AUGGCUCCGAUCGAAGAAGCAACUCUUCGCCCCAUCCUCUACUACGAGUUCCUCCAAGGACACUCUGCGAGAGCCGCCGCGGACAACAUCUGCGCUGCAUUCAAGGGCAACGUCGUCCACUAUUCCACGGUGUCUCGAUGGUUGAAACGCUUGGAAUCUGGCGACACGACCUUCGGAGAUCGACCACGCUCAGGACGUGCUAAGGGGAAGAUGGGUGUGAUUUCCGAAGUCCCGGCCGAGGAGUGCGAAAAGGAGGGAAGAGGGAAGCGAAAAGAAGAAAGGUGGAGGAUGAAAUCAGAACAAAAGGACUAUGGCUUCAAUUUGGAAUUCCUCAAGCGAUUCCUCAACAUCCUUAGGAUCCUCUUCCCAGGAUUCUGCUCCAUCACAUUUGCACUCUUCCUGGCUCUCCUUUUUCUCUCCUUCCUUGAGGAAUAUGUGAUCUACCAUGUGGGGUUGAUCCCUAGUCGGUUCUACAAAGUGCUAGGAGAGAAGAAUAUCGGCGAAUUUAAAUCGGUGGCCUUCACCAGUGUGGGCAUUGUCACGGCCCAGGCUUUUAUCAAGAGUACCAAGACGUACAUGUCGAACGUGUUGUCCAUCUCUUGGCGCCAGCUCCUCUGUCGUGCUUUGCAUGCCCUUUAUUUCUCUGGCAUCAACUUCUAUCGUCUAAACCUCGAACCUGGAACCACUGACAAUCCUGAUCAAAGGAUGACACAGGACGUGGAGAGGCUUUGUUCCGUCACCGGAGAGAUCUUCGCCAAGGUCAUCAUUGCCCCUUUCGUCAUUGCAUAUUACUCGUACAGGGCGUAUACAAAUGCUGGCUGGGUUGGACCCACGGGAGUCUUCUUUCUCUUCCUCGUAUCCACGAUCGUGAACAAGCUUCUCAUGAGCCCAAUUGUGAAGAAAGUCUUCGAGCAGGAGAAGCGCGAAGGAGAUUUUCGAUUCAAGCACAUGCAGAUAAGAGUGAACAGUGAGAGCUUGGCUUUUCACGGCUCAUCCAUCCUGGAAGCAAGGAAGACGAACGAAAAGCUGGAUGUCCUUCUCAAGAUACAGCAACAAAAGUUCAACCGCCAAUAUUUCCUGGACCUUGCAGUGAGCUUUUUUGACUACAUCGGGUCCAUUGCCAGCUACCUCAUCCUUUCCGUCCCCAUAUUUGCCGGCAACUACGAUCAUCUGAACAGUGCUGGUCUGGCUGCUCUCAUCAGCGAAAACGCAUUUGUGUGCAUUUACCUGAUCUUCAGCUUCAGCUCACUGGUCGACUUGUCCCCGAAAGUGGUGGACAUCGCCGGAAUGACCCACAGAGUGGCAGAACUCGUGGAAGAACUCAACAGUGUCCGGGAUCGCAAUCCUUCUUCUUGGAUAGGUGAGGACUGUUGGUCCCUGCUGCAUCCUUCAUCUUCCUCUUCGAGUGAUCCUCCAAUUCCAAUCUAUGACAUUGGGAAGCUUUCGGUCGCUGUUCCAUCCAGGUCACAGGUCCUCAUAAAAGAACUGGACCUCCAGAUCAAGUUAAAGAGCAACAUCCUGAUCAUGGGACCGAGCAGCUGUGGGAAGACGAGCCUGUUGAGGACUCUGCGCGGCCUCUGGCCCCGAUACUCAGGAAGCCUGAAAUGCCAACUCCCCGUGACUCCAAGGCACAUACUCUUCAUGCCACAGAGGCCUUUCUUCACAGACGGCAGCCUCCUCGAUCAAGUUAUCUAUCCCCUCCAGGACAGAGGAAAUGGGGUCCAGUGGUAUGAUGAAAGCUUGAUUGAGAGUCUUCAACUCGUCGAUCUACUUCCGCUCGUUGACAGAAUCGGAGGUCUUAGGACUCCAGUCAGCUGGAACUGGUACGAGGUGCUGACUCCCGGAGAGAUGCAACGACUCUGCUUCGUCCGCUUGUUCUAUCAUCGACCCCGGCUGGGUCUUCUCGACGAGGUCACCAGUGCCAUCUCGGAGGACUUGGAAGCCGUGUUGUUCCGCCGCUGCCAGGAUCUGGGCAUCACCCUGGUUACCGUCGGGCACCGGCGGAGUCUGAGGGCGCACCACGACCUGGUGCUCGCGCUCGACGGGCACGGGGGCUGGACCUUGCAAUCCCUUCCAUCCUUAGGAUAG